AGAAGCACCUUCGCUUGCUUUCUUUCCGUGACACCUUACUGUCACUUCGUCUCCGCAGGGUAUCGGGUCGGUUUCUACACCGUACCGUUUUAUCCUAUCGCAGGCACAAACUGUGGUUCUCUCUAGCUGUGUCUGAGACAGCAUCGUAGCAGCUGCGGGCAUCAUUGGGGUUUGUUUAUUAGCUCGUUGAACGUGUCAUUCGCAGAGCAUAAAAAGAUUUAUCGUUGCUUCUCUCCCUUUGUUUGUUACACAUUUCCUCUUUUUUUCUUUGCCUUGAAAGCGAUAAGUGUGGACUCUUCAGCACGAUGCGGCGGUCCGUCGUUUGCUGCGGCUCCAGCGUCCUCUGCAAGGACUACCCUCACGCGCGGCUCAUCACGCUCAACAAUCCAAAGUCGAUGAACGCGCUGAAUUACGACAUGGUGCAGGAACUCCAUGACUUGUACUUUGCCAAGCCAGCACCGGCAUCCUCGUUGUACGUCAUCAAAGGUGCGGGCACGAAGGCUUUCUGCGCCGGCGGGGACGUGAUCGGGGUGACAACGAACACCCCACCCGGCUGUGGGCGGAACUUCUUCUACUGGCAGUAUCAGAUGGACCACAAGGUGUAUGAGAUCCCGGCGGGGCAGGUGGCCCUGUGGGACGGCUACGUGAUGGGCGGCGGCGUUGGCUUGUCCUUUGGCAGCAGGUAUCGCGUGGCGACGGAGAAGGCGUGCUUUGCGAUGCCGGAGGCGGCCAUCGGGAUGAUUCCUGAUGUGGGCGGGUCGUGGUUUCUGCCGCGGCUCCCCUUUCCUGGCCUUGGGCUCUUUAUGGGACUGACGGGACAUCGUAUUCGCGGUGCCGAUCUCGUGCACCUGGGCUUCGCGUCGCACUUUGUGCCCUCGGAGAAGAUCGGGCAGCUCGAGGAAGAUCUCUGUGCCCUCUCCGAUGCGGCAGAGGUGGUGAAGGUGCUGGAGAAGUACACGGUGCAACCCGCGCAGUUGCCACCUUGCACGCUCGCCCCGUCACUGCCGUUUCUGCGCGAUCACUUCGCGAUUGAUGAACAGCAGAAUUUGCCGGCUAUUGUGCAGGCAUGUAGGGCACAUGCGGACAAAAACUCGCUCGCCAAGGCGGCCGCGGACGUCAUCCCGACCUACUCGCCCACCGCUAUGGUACUUGCGUUGGAGGUACUACGCCGCGGUUCGAAGCUGAGAUCGAUCAUCGAGGCGUUUCAGAUGGAGUACUGCGCGACGCAGCGUGUGUUGGUGGAGCACGACUUCCGCGAAGGCGUUCGGGCGUUGCUCAUUGAUAAGGACAAGCAGCCGAAGUGGAAACCGUCGACGUUUGAGGAGGUGACGAAGGAGUCGAUUGAAGCCUAUUUCCAUCCUACCCAUCCAGACCAGAUGGUGUGGGACCCGGUGAAACCACCAACGUCAGCGACGCAGUGA